AUGUGGCAGCUACGUGCUCCUCUGACGUUGGCUGGUUUAUCCGACGGUCGUGCUCCAGCUGCUUCUCCGACAAACGAGCACUCCUGCCCGCAGCAGAGGAACAAUGAGCUCUCCUGCCCGCAGCUCUAUGCGCUGUGGGCCUUUGUGGAGGUCGUGACCUCCGUGACCAAGCCUGCCAAGAGGAAGGUGGCUGGGCGGAGGUCCAGGCAGGUGUUUGAGACGGAACCCGUGGAGGGUGUUUGGUCAGUGUGGGCGGAGUGGUCCGAUUGCUCCCAGUCAUGUGGCGUGGGCGUGUCUCACAGAACCAGGAAGUGUCUUCCACCUCCACCUAUCUCGCCCCCUGUCUCCUACUUGCCACCCAACUGGGGCAGCUAUCUUCCAAGUGGCGUCGGGGGCCCGCUCAUCUCCUCAAUGCGCCCCUAUCCUCCUUCCCGUCAACACCUGCCUCAUCACCAAUCGCCUAAUCCCAACCAGGGGUUGUCUCUUUAUCGAAAUACCCAGCCAGGAGGUGACUCGGGGCAGACCGAUCAGUCUUUCCUUCAAGCUGAAUACCCGGCGGCCAAUCAGAACCGAGUGUCCGUGUACCGAUCCCCUUACCACGCUCCCUCACGUGCCUACAACCAACAGCAACGCACCAUUAGGAGGCCUAGCAACCCAGGAGCAUCGAGAACAGGAGGAGGAGGAGGCAGCAGACGGUCGGUCAGCACUAGUCGGGAAGCUUUGCCUGUCAGGAGGUCUUCGCCCAUCCGUCCCGGUCAGUUUGGGUACGGGAAAGUCCCUUUCUCCCUGCCUUUGCACCGACCCAGUCGGCAGGCUCGCCACACUGAUAACAGUACCACGUCAGGACCUCAACAAGCUGCCGAUGAUAAUGACGAAGAGGUCGAUGAUGAAGAGGGCACCACUACCGCCUCCCCCACUACAGCGACACCUCAACUACAUGGCAGAAGUGAGCACAGACGGGUCCGAGUCCCACCCCCUCUUCAAUUCCUGCCACGUUCCCCCUCUUCGUCAUCAUCGGUCCUGUCUAGUCAUCGACGAUUUGAUUGGGACACUGUCGCUGCACCACCUCCACCUCCUGUCUCGUCUCACUUGCAUCCCAACUCGCAACUCCACUACUCUUCUCCUCUUCACUGGCCCGUACACAGGGAAAGGGCACCUCAACCGGGAUUCGGACCUCAAGCCCCACAAACAGGCAACGUUUACCCACUUCAGCACCCCCACGGGCAACACGUGUUGCCAGAAGCAGGCGUCAUUGGAAGCAGAGGAACGCCGCAGAACUACAGGUGUUCCGGUCCCGAGAAGGAAUAUCGCAGAUGCUUCUCACAGGUGUGCGCCGGUGCCACGCUGGAUUCCAGAGCCGAGCAAUGCGCCGCUUUUAACGUCAAGGAGUUUAUGGAUCGACUCUACAACUGGGAACCUUUCACUGAGGUUGGUCCAGAGAAGCAGUGCGAGCUGACGUGCCGGCCAGUCGGCUAUCGAUUCUACGUUCGCCAGGCCGAGCGAGUGCGAGAUGGGACGCCAUGCUUCAAUGUCACGUCUAACGAUGUGUGCGUCGAAGGACAAUGUCUGACGGAGGGCUGCGACGGCGUUCUUGGCUCAGGCUCGGUGCUCGACAAAUGCGGCGUUUGCGGCGGGCGGGAUUCCUCCUGUCAGAGGGUGACGGGCAGCUUCCAAAAUGCCACAGUUCCCCUGGGCUACCACAAAAUCUUGGACAUCCCGGCCGGGGCGACCUUCAUUAACAUCACCGAGAGACGGGCCAGUCCAAACUAUCUGGCCAUGAGGAGCGGAACGGGGGCUUCGGUGGUAAACGGGCGCUGGGCCGUUGACCCUCCGGGGGAAUACCAGGCGGGCGGGACGACCUUCACGUACGCCCGACCAAGAGCGCAGGCGGAAGGGGAGGAGGAAAGAGGGGAGUCCCUCAGGGCCCCCGGACCCACCAGCACACAGCUGCAGCUCUAUAUCAUCUUCCACCAGCAGAACCCGGGCAUCGACUACGAGUUCUACAUCCCUGUAGAGAAGAAGGAGGGAGAGGCGCCCAUGGAGAGACAGCCGGCGAGGGCACCCCUUCGCAGUCCCCUCACUGUGUCAAUAGAAGAGCCUCCUCCUGCCGCUCCUCCUCUUUCCAUCCCUUCUUUCCCCUCCUCCUCCUCUUCUGUAUACGCUCCUCCGUCCUCUGACCACUGGGCCGGCGAAAGGUCCCGACCUCGGGCCUCGGCGCCCAAUCGCAACGCCCGAAUCCCGCCUCGCACGGACUUGCCAUUGGACACUCAGCCACCGUUCGUGUGGAGGAGAGGCGCAUUGUCACAGUGUUCUGUUUCCUGUGGUAAAGGUCACCAAUUUCGAGAGAUCAUCUGCAUUGAUCGCCACACAAGUGAGGAAGUUCCAGAGAGGAAAUGCGACUCUGCCGCGAAACCAGUACCAGAGGAGGAGCCUUGCAACGUACACGCCUGUCCGCCAUUCUGGGAGGCGAGCGCUUGGUCGGAGUGCAGCGUGUCCUGCGGGCCCGGCUUGCAGCAGCGACAGCUCCAGUGCAGACAAAGUUUUGGCAACCGCUCCACCAUGGUCCACCCCCAGCGCUGUGCCAAUCUCAGCCCGCCAGAAUCUACACAGGCCUGCCAGCUGCAGCUGUGUUCCCACUGGGAGGUCGGCAACGACUGGAGCACGUGUUCAGUGGACUGCGGCGUGGGAAAGCGGACGAGGAGCGUACGUUGCGUAAGCGAUCAAGGCAGCGUGGUGAACGACAUGGAGUGCAGCUCCAGGGUUCGCCCGGUGGGCAGCGAGGAGUGCAACAUGGGCCCUUGUGUGACCAACUGGUACUCAUCCGCCUGGUCCAGCACUUGCUCGGCGCAAUGUGGCCCCGGUGUGCAGAAGAGAGAAGUGGUGUGUCUGACACGUGGAGGGGUCCGAGAGGGUGAAGGAGCUGGGGACUGUGUCGGGGAGAAACCGGCUGAGCUGAAAGCUUGCAACGGAGGUCCCUGCGAGCCCAUCACCAUGUGGUACAGCAGCCCAUGGACGCAGUGCAAUGUUCAGUGCGGGGAUGGCACACAGCGGCGAGACAUCAUUUGCAUCCAGAAGACAGGCAACGAUUUUACAGUUGUACCCUCAGCCGAAUGCGCGCAAAUGGAUAAACCGCCCGCGGUGCAGGAGUGCGAGAUGGGCGAUUGUCAUCCGCAGUGGUUCACAACAGAGUGGAGCACGUGCUCACGCUCUUGCGGAAAAGGUCUACAGAUGAGGGAGGUACGGUGUCUGACAGCGGACAAAAAGCACAGCCAAAACUGCGACGCCAACAUCAAACCUGAACAGGAACAAAUCUGCAACCCCAUACCAUGCAGUCCACAAGUCACAGAUGAGAACUGCAGGGACAAACGGCACAACUGUGUGAUGGUGGUGCAGGCCAGACUUUGUGUCUACUCCUACUACAAGACAGCGUGUUGCGCCUCGUGCACGCAAAGCGCGCAGCGUGCCAAGAGACAUUGA